GUAAGUGGUCACAUGAUCAGUGAUGGUGGUCAACAGGAGUAUUAUUGAGAAAGUGUACGACGAGAAAUUUUACCGUAAUAUUCCGUGUGUUUAAGAGCUAUGCACUUUUGAUGAUGGGAGAAGCGGCCGGUGCUGCAGCCUCAAGUACACCCCAGUUGUCCCAGCUUCAGGUUACCAUUGUUUCUGCCAAGCUAAAUGGUAGUGGGGGUGUAUUUUCAUCCAAGCCAGACCCUUACCUAGAGCUCAGUGUUGACGGGCAGCCACCGAAGAAAACUGAUGUCUCCAAGAAAACUACAACUCCAAAGUGGGAUGAACACUUCACUGUGCUUGUGACUCCAUACUCGAAGCUAGACUUUAGGGUGCUGAGCCAAAACAGCAUACGUACAGACACUCUACUUGGCCAAACAGUAGUUGACCUCCACGCCUUACUGGAGGAAAACCAAGGAAAAUUCAAUGAAUUGCGGAAGGUGUUUGAACUGAAGUUAGAGGGGAAGGGGAAAGUGGGCGACUCAACUGUUGUGUUUAAUGGUAUGGAAGUGAACAUGAAGAACUUUCCCAAGAAGACCGCUGCAGGAUCCAAAGUUCAAAAUGGAAGUACAUCAAGAAGUAACCGCCACAGCAACCCAGAAGGAAGGACACCUAGCCGAUUGCCUCGGAGCAACAGUUCCUCCAACCAGUCCAAUGUAGCACGUGCUGCCCCUCCUCGCCCUGCUAACCCCCCAGGGGGGAGCUCAUCAGCACCAACCACUCCGUCAUCAAACGCCACUACUCCUGUUGCCAGUACCCCCCCAGCAGGGGCUGCAAACACGCCGCCAGCUGUCGUACCUGGCACACCAACUGCCCAUCAGAAUGGUGCAGUGGUAGGAGCAGCAGGGACCCCUGGUGGGCCACCGCCGCCACUGCCGCCACCAACUACUGGCACCACUGAUGCUCCACCUGGAAACCCAUCAGCAGCAGAAACAGCCAUGAAUGCAAACACUGAGCCUUUACCCCCAGGAUGGGAGAUGCGUCUUGAUCAGCACAACCGCCCAUACUAUGUUGACCACAACACCCGCACAACAACGUGGGAACGACCGCAGCCUUUACCACCAGGCUGGGAGAGGCGAGUUGACAACAGAGGCAGGGCGUACUAUGUCGAUCAUAACUCUCGGACAACAUCAUGGCAACGUCCAAACACUGACAUGGUACAGAACUGGCAGAACUGGCAGGAAUGGAGGAACAAUCGUACAUUUGAGCAACUCCAGCGCCGCUUCCUGUUCCCCCAGUUCACCCAGCAGGACACCAGUGACCCCCUCGGACCUCUCCCAGAAGGAUGGGAGAAACGGGUUGAUGCAAAUGGGCGUGUUUACUUUGUUAAUCACAAGAACAGGACGACACAGUGGGAGGAUCCUAGAACACAGGGCAUAGUGCAAGAGGAUCCCCUGCCGGAGGGCUGGGAGAUGCGCUACACUGGUGAGGGUGUACGUUAUUUCGUUGACCACAAUACCAGAACAACUACAUUCCAGGACCCGAGGGGAGGGCCGUCCAAGGGACCCAAAGGUGCCUAUGGUGUGCCAAUCCAGUAUGAGAGAAGUUUCCGCUGGAAGCUGGGUCAAUUCCGAUACCUCUGUCACUCCAACUCCCUCCCAGGACAUGUCAAGAUCACUGUGUCCAGAGACAACAUGUUUGAGGACUCCUUUGCACAGAUCAUGAGAUUACAACCCUAUGACUUGAGGCGGAGGCUGUACAUCAUCUUCAAGGGAGAGGAGGGACUUGACUAUGGUGGUUUGGCCAGAGAGUGGUUCUUCCACCUGUCUCACGAUGUUCUCAACCCCAUGUAUUGCCUGUUUGAGUAUGCUAGCAACAGCAACUACUGUCUACAGAUCAACCCAGCCUCCAGUGUCAACCCUGACCACCUGCUCUACUUCAGGUUCAUUGGCAGGUUCAUUGCCAUGGCUCUGUAUCAUGGGAAGUUCAUUGAUAGCGGCUUCACUAUGCCUUUCUACAAGAGGAUGUUGAACAAGAAACUCACAGUCAAAGAUAUUGAAUCUGUAGAUUCUGAGUUCUACACAUCGAUCCUGUGGAUCAAAGACAACAACAUUGAUGAGUGUGGCCUGGAGCUGUACUUCCAGGCUGACUUUGAAGUACUGGGUAAGAUUGAACAGCAUGAUCUCAAGGAGGGCGGCGGAGACAUCAAAGUAACAGAGGAGAACAAGGAGGAGUACAUCAACUUGAUGGUGAACUGGCGCUUCACUCGAGGAGUUGAGGAGCAGAGCAAGGCGUUCCUGGAGGGCUUUAACGAGGUGGUGCCUCUGCAAUGGUUGCAGUACUUCGAUGAGAGGGAGCUGGAGUUGAUGCUGUGUGGUAUGCAGGAGAUUGAUGUGGAUGACUGGGAACGUAGUACCAUUUACAGGCACUACCAGAGAAACAGCAAGCAAAUCGUUUGGUUCUGGAAGUUUGUGCGUGAGAUUGACAAUGAGAAGAGAACGCGUCUCCUUCAGUUUGUGACAGGGACCUGUCGACUGCCAGUUGGAGGAUUUGCAGAACUCAUGGGGAGCAAUGGACCUCAGAGAUUCUGUAUAGAGAAGGUUGGCAAAGAGACAUGGCUGCCAAGGAGUCACACAUGUUUCAACAGACUUGACCUCCCACCAUACCGUAGCUACGAACAACUUGUAGAGAAACUCAACUAUGCCAUUGAAGAAACAGAAGGCUUUGGCCAGGAAUAAUGAAAGGCAUUUCCUAGAUGUCACAUCUUUUCUAUGUACAAAGACAAAUAUGUCAAGAUAGUAUGACAUCUGUAAUCUGACGUUGAUGACGCAGACUGAGAUGAUGAUAAUCUGUAUAUUACAGCUGGAACUUGUGAUUUAACCCUGGGACUGUACCAGAGAUUGUAUAUACACUGACAUUCUUAUCAGUGGAUGUAUAUAGAAGUGAUCCCUGGGAACAACAGGGGUUUAGACUUACACCAUUUCUUUGAGCAUCUUAACCUUUCAGUGAUGGAUGCCAUGGAUGCCUGGGAAGGAUUGGACACUCUGUGGAAGUUGAAACAAGCUCCUCACAGCGAUAGCCUGUUUGCAGAGCUCUCUAUACUAUCGCUGCCACCAGUCAAAGCUCCCCACUGUGAUAGGUGGCCUUUUGGAGUUGAACUUGCAACCGACUGACUGUUAUGUUUACAAUCAAGUGAUGACUCCCUUGAAGCUGAAUACUCUUACCCCUGCUAAAUUAAUUUCUUUGUUUGUCAAUUUGAAUUUCAUUUCAACUACCAUGUAAGAAUGUAAGGGGGGAAAAUUGGUUGAUUUUCCUUUUGUCUACAAUCUCAAACCAAUCUGAUCAAACAAACAAAAAGGUAAAUUCAUCUGUGAAAUCUGGUCAGUCGUAAACCUUUUCAAAAUUCACUAUGAUGGCAUUCCCAAAGAUAUAAGCAAAAUUAUAAACGUGACUACAUUUGGGGUUAGAGGGCAAAUUUCAAGAUUCUUGUACUGGCUACUUGCACACUGACGGCAGUGAUGUUACUGAGUUUGUAACGAAGGUGUCACACGUGGGAAGGAGCUGUCUGAUGAAAGGGUGAAGGGAGAUAACUCUAAGAGUACACAUCAAAGAAGGGUUAAGCUAUUCAUUACUCUGGUAGGAUUUAAUGAUGUUGCCCAAGUUGUAAGCUAUUCCUGAGUCUUGCUUGAGUUUGCUAAAUGCAGUUUAUGAGAACAUUUCAUAUUGUAUCUAUAUUAUACAAUGUUAUAUAAACGGUUUGUGUUAAUUACCUUUCAGGCAGUGUUACUAAUUUAUUAUGUAAAUAUUACUAACAGAGCUGAAUUUGUGGAUAGCUUGCAUCAAGUCCAUAAUAAUAUGCAGAAAUGAUGUGAGCUACUAGGAUGUAACUUAUUGAUAUCAACACAGAUGUGAUGUUUAAACAAUGAAUUUGUAGACCAUCUUCAGUAUGAUUGACAAGUUCCUGUCGUGUUUAGGCUUGGUAUUAGAUGUCACUUGGCAGUGAUAGUCAUGAAUAUGAUUGUCAGUAAACCAGAGAUAUCUGAAAUCUGUUGUAUGUUUUCUUACUAUUUAUUUUUGAUUAAUGUUUUGGUUUUUUUGUUAUGUUCAAUUAAUGACGACUGUUGGUUUGGUAUUUCUGUAUCUGUAUAUUAUAAUCUGAAGAAAAUGUCCCUUUGAAUCUGGGAACAAAAUAUUCGUAUUAUGAGUGGUAUCAUGCCUAUUGUGUGGCAGUGAUGCUUUGUCGCUAGGAGAAAAAGCAGAAUCUGCACUUACUUGGGAUUACAAACUAAACACCAGAGCAUCGGUUCAUGCAAAGAGGAGAAACCAACUUUUUCUGUUGGGCAUAUUUGUGGUUAUUAUUGAUACUCAGUGCAUGCAUCAUUUUACUGUGAUUUAUCCUGUUUAUUUAUUGUGAUUCUGUUGAUAAUUGUUCUCCUUUCUUUUUCAAAUUUUCACCAACAAUCAACAAUCAUUUUGGUAAAUUCAGGGCUUUGAGAGAUAAAUUAGAGGAAUGCAUUUUCUUAUUGUGAUGACAUUUAUGAUAUCUGCACAACAACCAGUGUAUAACGAUAUCAGCAAAGGAUUACAUAUUACCUGCUUUCCCUAUUGCCCAGUUGAAAUGAGGAGUCACUGAACGACAUGCCUCAUUCUAGAGUGACCUUCACCUUAGUACCAGUAUGUACAGUCUUAUAUGUACUAUAGCUUGUAUACAGGAUUGUAUUGUAUAAAAGUCAAAUGUCUUUUUCUAUAUUUUUUAUUGAUUUCAUGUAUGUUACUACAAUAACACUGGGUGUUUUGUUGCUCAUGCAAUAAACAUGAAUGCUAAUCAGUUUUGUAUGAAACCGUAUAGAAGUAGAUCCUGAAAUCAUCGGAUUAUACAGAAUAGAGUAACUUUUUUUCUGCUGUCCAAAUGUAUAAAAAUGAACAUUUGAACCUUAUAAAUGUAAAUAAUAUAUUAAAACAAAACAAAAUCAGAAGAUUUAUCAAUGCUGGUGUAUUCACAGGGAACAAGAAAUUGAGACUGAAAAAUCUCUCAUUAUAAUAAAAGAUUACAUGAAAGUGUCACCCUGUCUUGCCAGUUGCGAUUCUGUAAAUACUUGCACGUUCUGAAAUUAUCAUGUUGUGGAUGUCAGACCUAUGCCUGUUAUGCAGUUGGUAAUCUACGACACUAGUUACUAUCUCAUACUAAGUUUAUUUUUCUCAUUGCUACGAGGCAUGGUGUUGCUCUCUACUGAUGAUUCUAUACUGGAAGUCCUGUACACUGUCAUGUCUUAUAAGAUUGGAGUUGUAGAGAAGCAUCACAUCAAUGUGACGUUGGUUUGAGUGGCUGGGUGAUGGGUAACCCAGUGUGUGAUUGGUUUGGCCAGACUCAGGUUUUUUGGCUGUUGUUAUCCAAUCUCCACACCCGUUCCUGCUCUGUAUCAGGUUUUCCAUUUAUCACAAUUGGGGCUACAUACAGUCCCAUAAGAAAUGUUUACCGAUGUCCAUUGUAGGAUUUACAACACACUUCUAAAUCUUCGAUAGGCUACAAAUCAUGAAAUACAGACAUACACUGUUGUAUCGAAGUUGACGGAACCUACGUAAUUACUUCGAGUUACCCGAGGCUCAACACAACCAAAAUGAUGAAUAAAGAAGGAAUAUGCAGGGACCAUAUUUACUUCGAGACAAGUGUCAGUUUGACACAUCAAAGUUGACACAACAGUGUUUAACUGUAUGUUUAGGAUCUAUAUACCAUUCUCAUCCUUUAGCACUAAACAUUGACUGGUACAGGUUUAGGAAAACAAUCUGGACUUUUCUUAUGGGACCAUCUGUAGCCUCCAGUAGUUACAAAUAGAACACUGAUAUUAAACAAGGAAUGUAUGAGGGGAUACGGUAAAUGUAGCCAGCUAGGGUCAUGUCUGCCUUCUCACAUGUUGAGCCUUAUCACUUAUUUGAGAUCUCAGAUGUUUUGAAGACUCAAAUGUGAUACUGCAUCACAAACAGCAUAUGGUCUUAUUUGAGAAAUUAGACUUGAAAACUUAUGAGACAUCCCCUGAAUGUCAUAUUGCUGGUUCAAUGUGAUAAUUGGGUAAAUAAUUCAUGCCAAUAACUCAUUUAGCCAAUUUAGUCCGAACAAAAGUGGUUGAUGAUACAGAUUUACUUACGAACUACUUCAGGACUUUGGACAAGAUAUGCUCAUGUUUGAGGUAUAACAGAAUGCUUUCGGGAAGUUGUCGGGUCCUGUGUGUGUCCCCUGCGAUUCAACUUUUGGUAUUAUGGUUUGAACUGUUUGGCUCGUACUUCAUGUUACAGUCUUGGGAAUGGUUGCAACUACAUGUUCACACACUUUAGUAGCUCUACAGUCUAUGCAUGAUUCCAUCAUAACAUGGUAAUCCCACACUUACCACUGUGUUCAUGGUUAUUUGCCUAAGUUAUUAUACCGAAUAGUCCUUCCUUUGUGAAAAGUAAUAAGCUUUCUCCAUACACUCAUGCUUCUUUUUUAUACACUAUACCAUAUGUUGCAAUAAACCAAAGACAAGUUUCCUUUGUUCCAGAGUCUGCACGAUGAUAUGGGUGUAUAUUUCUGAAUUGUCUUUCUCUGUACUGUAUAUUGGUCUCCUUCACACUAGCUGAUAUUGUCUUUUGUUAUAUUGGUGGUAGAACUUCAUUCAUUUAGACGUCUGAUUGAAUAAACUAUACUGAAGAAAACUUUGAGAUUAGCAUGUAUUUUAACAGAACAUUACCAACAGUCACCCUUUUCUAAAAUGUUCUGUGAACCUUGAAAGUAAUCACAUGUGGUUGUGCAGUACAGCAUUGUUUUCUUGUUGGUUCACACCAAGGACACGCUAAUGAUUCAAAUACCUGGGCAUGAUAUUAUUCUAUGAGAUUUCUUUGGAUGUCCUGACUAACAGAAAAUGUGUAAAUUAUAUCAUAUCAUGUGGGUGUAUUUUAUUCAUAUCAUUAAUAAGAUAAUUUACUUGAAUGUUCUUCAAACAUGCUGUAUACUGGUCAGCGAUACAGUAUAAGGAAUAUAAAUGUCCUUCGUUUCCUGUGUUCCACUUGUCAGAAACAUACAUAACAACUGGCAACAUAACAAAUUGGGUUCUAUGAAUGCCAUUGAACUCUGCAGAUAGUUUGUACAGUUGUCUUUAAUCUAAUUAAGGCCAUACCAUUUGCUUCCUUGUUGUAUGGAUGAAUGUAUCGUAACUGAUCAAAAAUGAAAUAGACAAUAGGAAUUGUAUAUUAACUUUUGGUUCAAGACCGAGUUUUGUGAAGAUAAGACGUCAUCAUUUUCUAAGUUAGCAUAAAACUGAUCCUUUGUAUAUUUUGUGUUUGUUUUGGCUGUUGGCAAAUCUACAAAAUCAAAUAAUUAAAUUGGUCUUGCACAAUGCAAAAAUUCACCAGUACAUGACAAAACAGCUAUAAGUCACAUUUUAUGCUGUUUCUUUUAGAAUUUUAUUUUAGUAUAUUUCUAAGUGAGCGCUUCAGUCAUAGUCCAUCAGUUUUUUCAUGCAGAUGGAGUGGUGUGUAGUGGUACAUUAAUUUUUAAUUGUCCAGUCAUUGGUUAUUUUAUCAAAUGUAAAUACAUGUUUAUCUUGUAAAUUUUGUUCUGGCUUAACCAGAUUACGACUACAGAUAAAAUUAAUCAAAUCUCUCCGUAACCUUAUUCCUAUUUUGUAUCAUAUCAAAGCAUUAUAGUUGUUUAUGUGUUUCAUUGUGAUUUUGUUUCCAAGUAUACAAGUGUGAGUCAUUGCAUAUUCCUAUCUAUGCACAUCAGAUUAUUCAGUUCACAAGAAAUGACACAAGAUGACUUAAAAUAUCUUGUGUCUGAAAGAAAAUGUCUAAAAUCUCCAGCAAAAUGUUUGAUUUUAUAUUUGAAUUUCUGAUUGCAUAUCAGAAAGUCCUAGCUUGUGUCGAUGUUUCUGUUAGGUCUCGUUUCACACAAUGUAAUAUAGGUAAAGAUUAUGAUAUAUGUAAUCUUGAUAUGUAACUAAUGUACAUAUUAAAUCAGGAACUCCCUGUGACGUGCACACUCUGCAGGUAAUACUGGUAUGUAUUGAGUGUGUACUAGGAAACUGUCAACACUUGUUGAAGCCUAUGUUAAGCAGACACCAACAAUGUCUGGUGUACAGAUUUCAGCCCUGUCAAAGUUGAUUUUGAAAUUGUAACCCUACUUUAAUUAUUUUGGAAUCAAUUGUGCUGUGAAUAAACUGUUGGCUGAAUAGA